AUGUGGCCCUGGAGGGGACAUUACCCGUCUGGCUGUGCUCUAAGAAAGGCUUGGUGUCUCAUGAUUUCCUUCUUCCCCAGUCCUGCCAGUCUUUGCAAGAAGGAUCCUGAAGAGAAAGGAAACAAAUUUCCCCAUCUAAAAGUACAGAUCAGCUUCUCUGGAUUCUGGGCUUUUCGAGUGGAGGAACCCCAAAGAGGACUACGAAGUUCUUGCAGUUCUACAACCAUGGCCCAUAUGUCCUUGUCAUUCAGGGAUGUGGCCAUAGACCUCUCCCAGGAAGAGUGGGAGUGCAUGAACCCUGUUCAGAGGGCCUUGUACAGGGAUGUGAUGUUGGAGAACUACAGCAGCCUGGUCUCAUUGGGAUGUUCCACUCCUAAGCCAGACAUGAUUACUUUACUGGAGCAAGAGAAAGAGCCCUGGAUGAUAAUGAAGGAAGGAACAGGAAGUUGGUUCACAGAUUUGGAGUCUAAGUAUUUCACCAAGAAGGUAUUUCCAGAAAAGGAUAUUUGUGGAACACAUUUGUUUCAGUUGCAGACAGUGGAUGAAAGUCAAACUUAUAUCCAGGAGGACACCAUUUUCAGAAAUGAUUUGCAGUGUAAACAUGAGUUUGAGAGACAAGAAGCACAUCAAAUGAGAUAUGCUAGUCAAAUGAUAAUCCAAAACUGUAAAAUUCAUACUGGUGUAAAACCCUAUAAAUGUAAUGACUGUGGGAGGGCCUUCAGUCGUGGCUCAUACCUUGUUCAACAUCAGAAAAUUCAUACUGGUGACAAAUCCUAUGACUGUAAAGAUUGUGGUAAGUCCUUUAGUUUUCAUGCAGAUCUUACUCGACAUCAUAGAAUUCAUACUGGUGAGAAACCCUACAAAUGUAAAGAAUGUGGAAAAACCUUUCGUCUCCAAACAGAACUGACUCGGCAUUGUAGAAUUUAUACUGGAGAGAAGCCCUAUGAAUGUAAGGACUGUGGGAAGGCCUUUAUUUGUGGCUAUCAGUUGGCUUUACAUCUGACAGUUCAUACUGAACUCCGUCUGCAUCACAGAAUUCAUACCGGUGAAAAGCCCUAUAAAUGUCAGGAAUGUGGGAAAGCCUUUGUCCUUAGACAGCACCUUAUUCAACAUCAGAGAGUUCAUACUGGUGAGAAACCUUAUGAAUGUAACCAAUGUGGGAAGACCUUUAGUCGGCGCUGUUAUCUUACUCACCAUCACAGAAUCCACACCGGGGAGAAACCCUACAUAUGUGACAAAUGUGGGGAGGCUUUUAUUUGUAAGUAUCAACUUACCUUUCAUCAAAGAAUUCACAGUGAAAAACCCUAUAAAUGUAAAGAAUGUGGGAAAGCCUUUAGUGUUAGGUCAGAACUUAAACGACAUCACAGAAUUCAUACUGGUGAGAGACCCUAUAAAUGUAAACAAUGUGGGAAGGCUUUUGCUCGUCGUGAUAUACUCACUGUACAUCAUAGAACACAUUAG